UAAUGUUACUAUGAAAUUAAUUUCCAUAUUAACAAUAAAUUGGAAGCUUAUUUCUUAACCAUAUUACGAGAGCUUCCUUUUGAACUUGUCCAAUCGCUUCUUCUCAACAAUCACGGGAACUUAACGACACUGAUCGAAUUGCGCUUUCUCUUUUUUGUGGUGGCUAACGAGUAUUGAACUGCACAUGGCGAGCGCUGUAGAUGCCUCGGGAAACCCAAUCCCAUCGUCGUCGGUGUUGAUGGCAUCGUCGAAGCACAUUGGGAUCCGGUGCCACUCUGAGAACUUGGAUUUUCUGAAGUGCAAGAAGAAGGAUCCUAACCCUGAAAAGUGUCUUGACAAGGGUCGCGAUGUAACCCGCUGUGUCCUUGGACUUUUGAAAGAUCUGCAUCAAAAGUGCACAAAGGAGAUGGAUGAUUACGUUGGCUGCAUGUACUACCAUACAAAUGAAUUUGACUUGUGUCGCAAAGAGCAGCAAGCAUUUGAGAAAAAGUGUUCUUUGGAAUGAAACUAUGCACAGUUGUCGAAAAUAAUAAUGAAGGCGAUUUGGAGUGAGCCAAUGCAUUUGUUUUCCAUAAAAUCAUUAAUCUUUUUUGCUUGUAAGACAGUGUUGGAAUAUUUGCCAUUGACAAUGUUCGCCCUCUAAAUUUUUCUAGAGAAAUUCAUGCAACCAGUACAAUACCAAACUCUUCAAACAUAAUAACUGACAAGAAUUAAUUUCUGUUGGAACAUGAUUGUAAUUUGGUUUGUGUUCAAAAUGCAUAUUUCUGAUGCCUUCGUUGUUCCUGGCAACUGAAGUAGGAAGUAAAACAUAAGCACCCGAACCGCAAGUGCCACACCAAAAUCUGGUAAUUGUAUGAUUUUCAUCUAUCAAAAUUCACUUAUGCUAA